CUCGACGCCUCGUGCCGCAACCUCGACGCCUCGUGCCGCAACCUCGACGCCUCGUGCCGCAACCUCGACUCCAAAGAUUCCCACUGUUGA